UUAAAUUGUGAAAAUUAAGGAUGAGUAUCCGCAGACCGUCGCCUGAACGUGACCGGCGCUAGGAGGAGAAAAUAAUCUCACAUUGUCCGAGAGAUCCACCUCGAAAUCCGAAUCCGGAAUGCAAGAUCCUCCAAAUCUGGAUGCACAAAACUCUGAGUAUCCGCAGACCGGAAGGUCAAUGUUCACGGCGGGUCCGUUCCGGAACUCUUUUCACCGUCGGGCGCUGUCGGAGGUCCAUUUCCGGAUCCCGGACGACCUGGAUCUGUCAUUCGAUGUUCCAGCUUCAUUCGAGGAGGAUGAUCUCUUCGAUGCUUGUAUGGACAUUGAGAAGCUCGGAUCCGGACCGGCGUCUUCCUCCAACACCCCAAAACCCGAAGAUGACCAGGGUGACGUUCCUUCUUCGAUGCCUGAGAGCACCAAUGGCGGUGGCGAAGAAGGCGGGACCCAUAAUCAGGGGAUGGCUGUGGAGAGUAGCGAAGGAGAGAAGAAUGGCAAUGCCAGGCCAAGGCAUAGGUACAGCAAUUCAGUGGAUGGCUCCUCUUCUUUGGAGAGCAUAGAGGCUAAGAAGGCAAUGGCCCCAGAAAAACUCGCCGAGCUCUGGACUCUGGAUCCCAAAAAAGCCAAAAGGAUAAUGGCGAAUCGGCAGUCUGCUGCUCGCUCUAAGGAGAGGAAAGCCCGCUAUAUGUCAGAACUUGAGAGAAAAGUCCAAACCCUCCAGACGGAAGCAACUACUCUUUCUGCUCAACUGACUUUAUUCCAGAGAGAUACAACGGGUCUGACUUCUGAGAACACAGAGCUUAAGCUUAGGUUACAAGCUAUGGGGCAGCAGGCUCAGUUACGAGAUGCCUUGAAUGAAGCACUGAAGAAGGAAGUAGAGAGGCUUAAGAUUGCAACUGGAGAAAUGAUGACACCAACUGAUUCCUAUAAUUUUGGCAUGCACCAUAUUCCAUAUAGUCAAUCUCCCUACUUUCCACAACAGCCACAAGCUGGCUCUGUUGAUGCCCCUAAUGUACAAAUGCCUCAAUUUCAUCCCUUCCAGUCUAACAAGCCGACUCCUCACCCACCUAUGCAUGCUUUUUCAGAGAUGUCGCAGCUGGAUUCUCUUGGCCGAUUUCAAGGGCUUGAUAUCAGUGGCAGAGGAUCUCAGCUCGUGAAAUCUGAAGGUCGCUCAAUUUCCGCCAGCGAAAGCAGUACUACCUUUUGACGCGCAUACUUCAUUGUCUUGCCCCCCCAUAUGUUUGGAUUGUUUAUAGGCUGACCUUGUUGACACCAAGAGUACCAUUGAUUUGAUUUCCAUUCUUUUAGUGUGAUUGGAUUUUAGGUUUUUGGUGGGUUCACCAAGUUUCCAUAUCAUUUUUUCAGGAGCGAUCAUGUGGGAAUAGAAUGAUUUUAUAUGAAUAUAAAAGAGCACCUCGCUUCUUCUUGUUGUUAAA